AUGUCAACUCAACCUCUGCUUCAACGGACUGCUAAAAAGCGAAUCGCUUUACCAGUCCGAGUAGAACCCAAAGUGUUCUUCGCCAAUGAACGAACGUUCUUAUCAUGGCUUCAUUUCGCUGUAGUCUUAGGUGGUUUGGCAGUGGGUCUAUUGAAUUUUGGUGAUAAGGUCGGAAAGAUAUCUGCUGCGAUGUACACCGUGAUCGCCAUGGCGGUGAUGCUCUACGCUUUGGUGAUAUAUCAAAUGCGUGCUCGAUCGAUUAGGUUAAGGACCGGUGCGCCAUACGACGAUAGACUUGGACCGACCGUUUUGUGUGUCUGCUUAUUAGCUGCGAUCGUCACCAACUUUAUCCUCAAGGCGGUAUACGAGUAG